AUGGCGGCAAUGUCAGCUCUGCCAUAUCCCCGAGAUCGGGCCCAGGGCCCCAGGCUCCAUGUGCAACUAGAACGCCACUCCGACUCCCGCCAUCCUGCUGUGCCCGACUCACACACUUACUGGUCCAUCGCCAGCUCGCCGAGUCUCCGCAGUCGAGACGCAGGCGACCUGGACCGACCACUCAAGCUAGAGCGAUCACUCACACCAAUAGCCGGCCAGAACGGCGGUUUUAACUCCGCCAGAAUCUUGGGAUCAAACCCGAGCAGCAUGUGCAACUCGAACGCUACACCGACUCCGCCGGAGGCUGGAUCACUCUCGAUGAGGCUUCAGGGUCAAGUUCGAGCGAGAUGUUUGACUGUAUCGCUACGCCGACAUCACCGGCGGCUACAUCACUCUCGGCGAGUCCUGAAGAGCAAGCCCAAGCAGCAUGUGCAACUCGACCGUUACUCCGACUCGAAUUCCGACUCCGCCAGCGGCUACAUUACUCUGACGAGUCCAAUCCACAAGUCUUCGAGACUCUUACCAAGUGCUGCAAUGGUCAAGCUGAAGCUCCUCUUAGAGUCGACCACCAGACCGGUGAACAUACCUGUCGAGCUCGAGGCCACGAAGGAGAUCAUCCGUGCCAAUUUCAGCGAUCCCGCGCCGUCGCCCAUCCUGGCUGACAACGAAGACGAUUACAAAGGAACCUGCGCUAAGGUCGGCGAUGAUCUGAAGGCGCAGGAUGCGAAGUUGACUGAGCAGAUCAAAGAGCUGGCUAAGAAGCCUGCGAAAGACUCUACGCCUGCUACCACCACUGCUGCGGAUGUGCCACAACCCGAUACUCCGGUGGAGCAGACUUCGACGCCACAUCAAGAUGGCAUGAAGAAGGUGCCAAGCCAAGAGAGCUACUAA